AAUACACAUAAAAUAGGGAACAUUUUUAUUGUGCGGAAGAAAGUUCAUAACGGUAUAUAACCGCACCGAGAAAAAAGGAACAAGUUCAAUCAGCAAGUUUUUUCAUGUUUUCAGUCUUAAAAGCCCCGUAAGGUAAUGUUUUUUUUUUAAAGAAACGGAAUCUGUGAUAAAUUUUCUUCGCGAGAUAUAAACUUUUCCGAAGCUCCAACACCGUACAACUUUUUCACAAUUAAUGUUAUUGUGAGUUCUCCCAUAAGGCACCGUUUUAAAGACUCAAAAUUGUAAAUGAAAUAAUUCAAAAUUUUGCCCCAUAAAUUUGUGUUUGAUUUUUUGAAACUUUGUUUUGUUUCUUAAAUAUGAAUUUCCGCAGUAUUCAGAUAUUUUUUCGAAAAUGGAGGGAGAAAUACGGUCGAAAUGACGAGAGAAAACGCUCUGAUUAUCAACUGCUUUGAUUGAUCGAGAAAAUAAAAAAAUAAUCUGGACGAACCUGGAGGAAAAUUGAUCGGGUGACGACGCAUUUCGUGCCUCUUCCUUUUUUGAAAAGGAAGAUUCCACGAUUCGUGUCACGAAGCGAUUGCACGAAGGUCCCUUGAAUAUUUUAUGACGUCGAUUGUUCACGCGCACGACAUCCUCUAAAUACGAUAAUCGUGAACAACUGGUGCGACAGUUCGCACCCUGCAAACGUCGAGGAAGCAGCCUCCGCUCGCUUCCCUUCUACCACGCAUUUUCAACCCGUCAACUAACUUUUUGUUUCCCGUACGAGGAUGCCUAAAAUCCCUCAAGAAAUACAAAAAAAUACGGUGAAAAAGAAGAGCCAGCGGUGGAAAAACGUCCUGAAGAAACAAGCCAAGGCAUUUUGUCUCGGGACUGGCUUACACGGUUACAAAUACGUUGCUCAGAGCCACCGCUCGAAAAUCGAAAGAAUAAUUUGGGCCAUAAUAGUAGGGACGUCUCUGACCUGCGCCGGUGAACUGAUGCGGAUAGCGUGGCAAUACAAUUCGGCGAGGCCAACCGUGACCGUGAUCGAAUCCACGCACCGUGGGAUUUGGAAUUAUCCAUUCCCGGCGGUGACGAUUUGCAAUAUGAAUCGUGUUUCUCUCAGUCGAGCGAGAGAAUUUUCUCAGCACUUAGUGCUCUCGGACAAUAUGACGGCCGAUUUCAUCCUUUCGCAAAUGGGAUUAUUGAACGAGCUCCUGAAUCCGGGCAUCCACGAUGAGGAUGUGCAGGAUAAUCUGACCAGACUGCAAAGCGUUUUCGACGACAACAAUUACAGCAUUCAGAAAGUCAUUGAAGAGGUCACACAAAACUGUUCGAGUCUCGUGUUGGGCUGCAAGUGGAAAGGGACUUGGACCAACUGCUCGGAUCUCUUCGUACCGAGUUAUUCUCGCGAAGGAGCUUGCUGCAGUUUCAAUUACCUGACUACGAAGGAUCCGAGGAAGCAAUCUACAAUUGAACCGUAUCGAGUGACCGCGUGUGGUUAUCAAACGGGGCUUACCGUGUUCGUUAAUCCCGAUGCGAACGACUAUGCAGCCACGAUUCUGGGCUCUUACGGAGUCAAGCUGAUGGUUCACUACCCUUACGACUUCCCUGACCACAACGCAGAAAACAAGCUCGUGGGGCUUAACAGUCAAAUGUUCGUGAGCAUUUCACCGGAGGAAACGUACUCGACCGAAGAGGUCAAAAGUCUCUCCGUCAAAACACGAGAUUGUAUUUUCAGCGAGGAGAAACAAAUAGGAGACGAUUAUGACAUUAUGCUAAUGAAUUUAACGUACGAAAAAUAUACGUACAAGAAUUGUUUGGCAGCGUGUCGAGCUGCCACCAUCAAGGAAAAAUGCCAAUGCAUUCCUUACUACUAUCCUCAGCAAGGCACAAGAGUCUGUGACCUCAACGACGUCAAAUGCUUAAACGAAUAUAAAUCUUGGUACGAAACAUCGUGGCCGGGAGUCGUUCUCACGAGUGAAACUAUUUCGUCGAUGACGGAUGAAAAAAAAAAAAAUUACGGUAAAAAUCGACCUUGCGGAUGUAUGCCCGAUUGCGUGUUGUUUCGAUAUCCGAUCGAGUCAUCGGUCGGUAUGAUGGACCGAUCAGGAGAGUCGAAAGCAGUACCGAACGGCAGCAUGAUCCACGUUUUUUUCAGUGAUUUAGUAUCGAUCCAGUAUCGACGACACGCCAAUUACAACUGGCGAAAUGUUUUCGCCUCGUUCGGUGGUUUAUUGGGCUUAUUCGCAGGCUUCAGUCUCAUGUCAGGGUAUGAGCUGAUAUAUUUCUUCGUGAUACGCGUCAUAGCUGAUGCUUGUAUGAAGAAAAAAGUCGAAAAAACGAACAACAUUGAAAAGUUGAACUUCGAUAGCGAAACAACGAAGCGACGUAGAUUUUGA